GAGUAAGUAAACUGACGGGACACCAGGAAACCAAAGCAGUUAAAAAACAUGGCUAUAUCCUCUUAUGAGCUUCAUGGAGAGAGACCGCUUUAUGCAUAUUAUGGAUCGUCUAUGUUUAUCAUACUGACCUUGGGUCUCCUUGGCAACUCACUGACACUGAUUAUCUUGUUUCAUCCUCACCACCGGAAAAAACGCAUGACAAGUAUGAUGGUGAACUUGUGUGCCGCAGGUAUUUCAAUCAAGAUAUCAAUUAUCAAAUAGAGUGCUAGAUAUAUCUAGCCAGAUUUAUAAAAACCGCACUAGCUGGCUCUUCGAAGCCUCACAGCUUAAACAGACUCAACUGAAGUGUGCGAAUAUUCUCAUGAUGAAUAUUCUGGUCCGUUUUGAGACAUGUUUUCAAAAAUUCGGCUAGAUAUGAAAGAACAGACUGAGGGAAUGCUGUAUAGGCCGGCCCCUUAAGGCCCCGGUAGCUUUCUAACAAGAACUCUAACUAUAGCCAGCCAAAACGAAUCUACAGUGAAAUUUGGCAGGAUUUUUGCGACAAUUCUUCGGUGGAUUCUGGAUUCCACGUCGUGGAUUCCAGAUUCCAGGUACUGUAUUCCCGAUUUUUUCAGUGGAACGUGGAUUCCGGAUUCCUGAAUUCGGAUUCCUUACAUUGGGCGAAACUGUGACAAAACACUAAUGUCAGGGGCACCCAACGACAGUUUCCUCCUACAUACAUUGAAAACACUUUUUAAGCUAUCCAGAGUACUUUUAGAUCUUUAGAAAUGCUUCAUAAGCGCGCUAUAAAAUUUGUAUCUGUUGUUUGGUCAUCCUAGGGGAACUUGAGUCUUUUCGAAAUUUCAAGGGCUUCAGUAUUAUUUUUCCGGAAAAUUUUAGAUGCAUUUUAACGUAUGUUACGAAAGAGAGAAUUUUUCUGAUUCCUCUCUUCAACACAUUUUUGAAUCAGAAAAUUUUAGUGUCCUUUUUUCUACGAAAAGUAGCCUAACCUGGGGAGUGAAAUGUUAAAAAUGAAACUUGUACAUGAAUGGAACGGUCAUCAAGAAAUUUUUAGCCGUUCUCGAGUAAUAGAAAAUUCAAGGUAAUAUUUGUUUUCUCCGAACAGAUAUUUUAAAGAAAACAGUCGUUGGGUGCCCCUGUGAUGUUAAAAGGUUGAACGUAAGGCUACCAUUAACCUAUUGAGGUACCUUUUAUUAUCUGCAGAUCUUCUUGUGUGCCUACUAGGUUACACUGUAGCUGUCAGCUACAACACGGCAGAUUUUGCCAACACUGGCGAAGCACCAGCGCUCUGCUUUUGGUUGGCCAUUAUAAACUGUGUCACGGGUCUGGCUUCAAUCGCUUCCCUGACUGCCAUGGCAGUCCUGAGUUAUCUGGGCAUCGCGAGAAACGAGUUUUCACAGCAGAACAGAAUGAGCCGUAAACUUGAGGCCUUACUUAUUUCAGGUGGGUAAGAGGAGUUGUGAUAGGGAAUUUAGUCAAACGCAACCACCACGACCUAUAGCCAGACUGCAAGCAGUCUCUUUUGCUCGAAAAUCUGUGAUCGAGGCCGAAAUUUGAGUCAGUGCGAGCGGCGAAGCCGCGAACAGCGAGUUGUGUGGGCGUCACCGCCGCUCGUAUUAGACUCCUACAUAUCGUGCUCGCUCACAGAAUUUUGAGCAAAGGAGAGACUUCUUGCUUUCUAGGAACUAGCGAAAACUAAAUGUAACGGCUUAAACCAUUUAUGAAAGGGUUAAAGAAUAGAGCAAACACAAAAGAUGCCAAAAAAUGGGCAAAAUUAAAGGCAAUUAAAACGGAUUACAACUUGGAUUAUUGAAAACUGCCCCGCCCGGCCCAUUACAGUUUUUCGAAGUUUAUCUCUCUUAUUUGCAACUUUAAGAAUAAAGCUUGGAGUACAUAAGUAUUGUCUGUCAUGAGGCCAUUAUUUUGUCAUCUACAAGAAAUUUCCUUGCAAAACUAGUAUCACAGCGAGCGCACUAGUGUGAGAAAUAAGCGAAAAAAAUAAAAAAUAAAAUCAUUUUGCUGUGACACACCAAAAUGAAAGAGAAAAACAGCGUCUCACCGAGCCUUAAGUAUCACCAAGAGACAUGCAGUACCCUGGACUUCGCUUGCUGGUAAUCAAAAGUAUUUCUAAGCGACAUUCGAGCAUUUAUUGACCCUUUCAAAAACUUUCCCGCCAGGCCUUUUUCAGCACAAUCGUGUUUUCAUCCUUUUUAACUUAAGUCAGAAAAACGACCAAGAAGUACAUACCGCAAUUACAAUAUAGUAACACAAUCUUUUUUAAAUUUUUGGUUUUAAAAGGGACUUGGAUAUACGCGAUCAUGCUGACAAUACCUCCAGCGUUUGGCUGGAACAGAUUCAUUCCCAUUCCCUCGAGAAUUAGCUGCCACCCAGAUUGGUAUUCGUCAAAACUGUCUGAUCAGGCUUACAUCAUAUACCUGACUCUGUUUGGCUUCUUUAUCCCUCUGGUAGUCAUCAUUUUCAGCUUUACAGGAAUUUACAGGUAUUCAACUUUUUUGCUUGCUUUUUUACUUUAA